CAGAGUCCCUCCCUCGCAGUAUUGAUUCCGCUCUCCGAUAUUCAUGUGUGCGGGUCCCAACUUCCCUGCUGGCCUUGAUAUUGGGCCUUCUACCGGAAAGACUGUGGACAGCCCGGACGAUCUUGAUCCGCAUUUUGGUGCUGCUGCUCAGAAGCAUGCUAUCGGGACGUAUGGCAUCGCCGGACGCGUGUGGGAGGCAUCCUAUGCUAUGCUCGCCUACUUGAACUAUCCUUCCGGAGAUGACCUGCUAGAAUUCGACCCACCGCCGUUUACGCUAUCGAACCCACAUUCGGAACCUCUGACCGUCGUCGAGUUGGGUUCGGGGACGGGGUUGGUAGCAUCUCGCGUCGCUGCACUGCUGAAGCCUGGACGGGACCUCCUCUACGCAACAGACCUCCCUGAGGUGUGUCCGCUCUUGGAGAAUAAUUUGCGAGAUUGUUCGACCGUGAUCGUUCGACCGCUCGGAUGGGGCAAUCGCGACGAUGCCGUUGCUAUCGCGUCUGAUCUUCAGCCCCGACCACCGAUGUCGGACAGUAGUCGUGUUGGUCACCGCAUCACGCACAUCAUUUGCAGUGAUCUAAUCUACUUCCCAGCACUCCUUGCACCUCUCCUUCGGACACUCCUGCAUCUAACCUCACCGCUAGUAUUGCCAUUCGACGAAGAAUCUCCCCUGCUCAUCAUAUCAUACAAGAUCCGCAGUCUCUCGAAAGAGACGCCCUUCUGGUCUGCCUUUGGGCUGUGGUUUUCCUUUUCACCAGUGCUACACAGGGUCAAGCGUAAAACCGGGAAACAUGAUACGCAUAUUGGAAAUGCUUGGACUCGCUUCCAACCACCCAUGGACAAUGAGGAGAUGUUUAUUUUCGCUGCUCGUCGUAGGCCGGAGUCUCACUCAUGGGCAAUCCCUGAGGAAGACGCGGAGCUUCUCAGAGGUGCUGGUGCUCGAGGAACCUCCGCAAGCAAAGUAGAUGACACGUUUGAGACUAUGCUACUGAUGUGGACCGGAUGUAGAUGAGGAUGAUUUAUCGCCAUGAAGAAGUAUUAAUAUGCACAACAUCAGUCUACAUCUGACGAGGGCCCUGCAUCCGACACAGGCUGCCCGAAAGCCGCCCUCGACGCUUCGGCUGCCACGAACUCGUCGCACUCGGCGCGACUCUUCUCCAUGUCC